AUGUCGUCCGGCCAUCAGGUACAACAGUGCCUGGUCCGCGCCAAUGCAAAAUACGUGGAUUCGGCGAAAAAAGACGUCGUCGGCGCUCUAUCCCAAUUCAAAGACCUCGCCGCCGGCACCGACACCUUCAUGUUUCCAGACGGAAAGCGACGAACGGCGUUUCGUCUGAAAGGAACAAUACCAGUCUACUAUAAAGGCGCAUGCUAUAAUAUUCCGGUUACCGUAUUCCUUUGGGAUACGCAUCCAUACUACGCGCCAAUUUGUUAUGUCAAUCCGACGGCAACGAUGGUCAUCAAGGAAUCCGAGCAUGUGAACAAAGAGGGAAAAGUGUUUUUGCCGUAUUUGAACGAAUGGAGGUUUCCCGGAUACGAUUUGAGCGGUCUCCUUCAGAUAAGUCUUUAA